UGACGUCUAGAAACCCAUGGAGAGACUCGAGCUCGUCUUCGCACAGCCAUCAAACUGCGCUGAGCCGUGACACAAUUGAAAAUAGUGGAGGAGCGCCGAGGGAAACGGGACACGAGUCGCAGGCGUCUCGCAAAGUGUACUAUGAGAGCUCCGCCGCGUACCCCGAAGAUCGCGGUAAACGAAUUGAUGCCGCGGUUGCAAAUGGCGGAAACCUCGGAAACAAGCGGGCGAGAUCGAGAAGCCCGCGAGCUGCCAGUGGCCACGGCGGAAGUGAGCAUAAACGGCAAAAGAAGGCCAAGCACAAGUCGACGCCUUCGGUUAUGACCUCACCUUCGGCGGGUACGGCGCAACGGGAACGGCGGCUAGAUAGCGCAGGUCGGACUAUCACAAGUCGAUCCGACGCGAGCCCCACCCAUGUCGCAAUGCACCAGCCGGGUACCGACGGCGGCGGGUGGCUGCACGAUACUACCCACCAAUCCCACAACAUCGGCACCCCUGGUACAUCCACGAGCGCGCCGGAGAUGCGCCAGGAGUCCGCGGCGUCAACAUCGUCCUCAGCCGCGAACUUUCCGCAGCGAGCCGGAGUAGCCGACGCCGGUAGACUCACAAGGCCGAGCACCGGGCAAAUUCCGAGGAUGAUACCGCCACCGCUGUCGCUCGAGAGGGGCGGCAUGUCCACCCAAACCGUACAAGGUCCAAGGUCAAUGCACGAGGUUCCCGCGCCGCAUUAUACUGCCGAAGCAAGCACGCGUAGAGAGUCUGGUAACGGAAGCUACAGCCCAGCGAGUGGCAGAGAGGAUGACAAGGGCGCGACUAGCGAAGACGAUUCCGAACAGUGCCAUCUCAGAGGAUACGACUUCGCGAUCUCAGGCUGCGCCGAUGACGGCACCUGA